AUGAACUUCUUCUCGUCUUUCCUUCUAUCCAAGGACGACUAUGAUUUUAGGUUUCCGCUCUUUCUGGGCUCCAUUAGCCAUCUUAUUCAUUUCGGGCUUUCCGUGAUCGGAAUUGUGAUGUUUAGAAGUCCCCCCUGCGAACAAACGCUCCAUUCGCCAAUUCCCUACCUUAUUAGGAAAAAGAUAGGGUCGCCGAUCGACAAAACCCCAAGUUUAUCUCGCAAGAGAACCCAAGCACCAGUUUCGCAGAUUUGGCGCCAGCCCGAUGAGCAGGAGUCCGGGCGCACUUUUAGAAUUCUUCAGAUUUGUUAUGCCUUCCUGCUUAAUAUUGGUGCUUUUGAUGCCUGGAUCAUUACUUGCGCUCUGUGCGGGUCGAUUGAUAACGGAUUUUCGGGGUAUGCCCUUCGCUCGGUUCCGCUAGCCUUUUACACAAUGCUUAAAUCCAGCUCGCCUAUCUUUAUUUUGAUUUCACGGUUUCUCUUCCAAUUAGAAGAGCCCUCCAUGCCAUUAAUUGGCACUAUUUGUAUCAUUGCCACGGGUGUGUUUUUCGCCUCUAAGAGCGACACUGUGGUCUAUCGGUUUCAGCCCAUCUGUAUGAUUCUUAGCUCCUGUGUAAUGGGAGGGUUUCGUGGGGCUUUUUUAGAGUACUUUAUCAAACAGAACAUCACCAGACACAAUAAUAUACUAUACAAUCUCUGUGUGGUUUCUCUUCUUAUGGGAAUCUUCCUUUGUACGGGCUUCUUUCUCUUUGAAGGCGUUCACAACCUACUUCAGCUUAAGGCAUUUGCCACCCUCUCCUCCACUUUGAACUGUCUGUUUUUAAUCUUCGGCAGCAGCGUAGUGUCGUUCUUUCUUUGUGUUACCGAGUACACAUUAAUUUCAAAGACCAGUGUCAUUACUCUCUCCGUUAUCGGCAUUGUCAAAGAGCUAAUAAUCAUUGCCAUUUCCGUUUGCCAGGGCAAGAUUCACCUGUCAGUCGCCAACAUGUGUGGUCUCUGCACCGCCUCAGUUGGAGUGUUGCUAUUCUCAUGCCGCCAUCUCUUCACAACCGGCAACCCAUUAAUGCCUCCCCCUCUUCUCCAAGCCGAUACUUCUGCCGCCGAAAAAACGCCCAUCGAGUACAACAGCUCCUCCACCACCACAGCCGAUCUCAGUACAAUCUCUCAACCUGCAUAG